CGUAAUCACACCAUGGGGUUGUGAAGGCAGACGCCUCUGGAGCUCAUUAGCAGUUUGCACUGUGUGGAUGAUGGGUGACGACGGACCCUCGGAACAUCCCAAACCCGUGGAAUUUCUUAACGUCUGCUUGGAAGACAGCCUGCAGCCCCACCCAGAAGUGCAACUGAGGGAAACGUGCAGCCCCCCUGACUCCCCAGAACCUUGUGGGGAUCAGACCCUGGCCUUCGACCCUCCUGAUCCCAUCAGGCAAGAUGGGCCUCCUGGGGACUCCUGUGCCUCACCCACACAGCUGGGGAACAGCUCUCCCCAGGGUAGCCCACAGGAGGGCCAGAGCAACUCCACCCAGGUGAUGUUCUGGGAGGGCAUCCUGCAGGCCCGGAUGUGUGUCCUGGACCUGGAGGAGGAACUGGAGAAGACAGAGGGGCUCAGGACUGACCUGAGGUGUUGCCUGCCCGCUGCUCCUGCCGACCUCCCAACUUUCUCCGCCAGCCCCUCGGAUCCCCAGGACUCGGGCCUCCACCCCAGCCCGUGUGCGGAGGAGGCCUCUGGGGAAGACGGCAGCGGGCCCGAGGGCGAGAGCCAGAUCCCUGUGUGUUCCAGGGAGGGAUCGCCAGGCUCUUCCCCAGAGUGGGGUCCCGAAGAGGAGAGCGUGUUCUUCGACAACCCCCUCUUCCUGGAAAGCCCUUGCUCUGACACCAGCUCUUCCGGAGCACGCUUUUCCUGGGACUUCUCAGCCUCCCUGGUGGAUGUCAGGACGGCGCCCGAGAGCCCACAGACGCAGGGGCCUCCACUCCCAGAAGCCAGAGUGCCGUGGGAGCAGGGGAGCGAGCCUGACUGUGGGGGUGGCACUGCCGCUGACUCCAAUGGGCACUCCGCCCCCUUGAUCCUUGUGCCCACCUACAAAACACACUUCCUUUACUGGGCCACACCGGACACCACCGAGGGGGCUUCAGUAGAACCUCCUGACCAGGACGAGAGUGAGCCUGUUCUAGGAGACAGUCUUAACCCUGCGCCCUCUGCAGCACCCUGUGUACAAGAAGCGUCAGCCUGGGAAGCGGGACACGCUGGAUCUGAACCCAGCUCUGCCACACACCAUGUGCAACCUUGGGCCCAGCCCAGCCCUGAGGAAUGGCAGACAGAGGAGGGCCCUCUUCUCCCCGAGGGCAAAGGUGACAGGGAUGCUGAGUGUCCCCAGGAGUCAGCUUCCUACACGCUGGUCCCCGGGCCCUGGGGUAGCCCAGCCUUUUCACCGGAGCCUAACAGCCCUGAGUCUGAGAGCAGGGGCCGCAGCCCCAGCCCCAGCCCGGAGCCCUCUCAGGAAAGCAGCACCCAGCUGCAGGACUGCCACACGGACACCACCCUCCCAGAGCGGACACUAGAUGCUUCGUGCCCUUUGCUCUUGGAGAUAGAUGGGGCAGAGCCCAGUUCUCUGGAGAAAGAGGAGGAAGGAGCGACCCCAGGCCCAGAGAAGGAAGUAAGCAGUGAAGGCCCGGCAGGGCCUGCGGCUGGAGUCAUGCAGCCCGACGCUCACCUGACCCCCACGGAAGGGCUUCCCGAGGACCCCAUGCCCCGAGCCCACUUGCCAGUGGAAGACCAGAAGUCACAGGCUGGAGACAAGCUGGCUAAUGGCGUCAGCACUGACAAAGUGGCCUGGAAUUUGGCCUCUCGCCUCUAUCACCUGGAGGGCUUCCGGAAGUCUGAGGUGGCCGCCCACCUGCGGAAGAACAAUGACUUCAGCAGGGCUGUGGCUGCGGAGUACUUGUCCUUUUUCCAUUUUGGUGGCCAGAACCUGGACCGUGCGCUCCGGCAAUUCCUCCAGGCCCUGGUGCUGAGUGGGGAGACACAGGAGCGCGAGCGAAUCCUUUACCAGUUCUCCAGACGCUUCCAUUACUGCAAUCCCGGGGUCUUCUCCUCAGUAGACUGUGUACACACCUUGACCUGUGCCAUCAUGCUCCUUAACACAGACCUCCACGGACAGAACAUCGGGAAAAGCAUGAGCUGCCAGGAAUUCAUCAACAACCUGAACGGCCUGAAGGAUGGCGGGAACUUCCCCAAGGAGCUGCUGAAGACCCUCUACUGGUCCAUCCGAAGUGAGAAGCUGGAGUGGGCAGUGGAUGAAGAAGAUACGAGCAGGCCUGAGAAGGCCCCGCUAUCACCCCCAAUUGGCAAGAUGGGCAGCCCCUUCCUCCAGCUGGCCCAGGACCCCACCGCACCCACCUAUAAGCAGGGCAUCCUGACUCGGAAGAUGCACCACGAUGCAGAUGGCAAGAAGACGGCGUGGGGCAAGCGGGGCUGGAAGAUGUUCCACACCUUGCUGCGAGGGAUGGUCCUCUACUUCCUGAAGCAGGGAGAGGACCCCCCUCCUCCUGAGGGGGAGAUUUUGGUGGGGCAGAUGGUGGAUGAGCCCGUUGGGGUGCACCACUCGCUGGCCACUCCCGCCACCCAUUACACCAAGAAGCCUCACGUCUUCCAGCUGCGGACUGCAGACUGGCGCCUCUACCUCUUCCAGGCACCCACUGCCAAGGAGAUGAGCUCUUGGAUCGCUCGCAUCAACCUGGCCGCUGCCAUGCACUCAGCGCCGCCUUUUCCCGCUGCGGUGGGCUCCCAGCGCAGAUUUGUCAGGCCCAUCAUGCCCAUGGGCCCUGCCAACAGCUCCCUGGAGGAGCAGCAUCGAUCCCAUGAGAACUGCCUGGAUGCUGCCUCGGAUGACCUGCUGGAUCUGCAAAGGAACUUACCAGAGCGGAGGGGCCGCAGUAGAGAGCUGGAAGAGUACCGCCUGCGGAAGGAGUAUCUGGAGCAUGAGAAAACUCGCUAUGAGACAUACGUGCAGCUGCUGGUGGUCCGUCUGCAUUGCUCCUCGGAUGACCUGGACCUGUGGGAAGAGCAGCUGGGGAGGGAGGCUGGAGACCUUCAGGAGCCCAAGCCCAGCCUGAAAAAGUCCCACUCCAGCCCGUCUCUGCAUCAGGAUGAGGCCCCCACCACAGCCAAGGUGAAGCGCAACAUUUCAGAGCGUAGAACCUACCGGAAGAUCAUCCCCAAGCGGAACCGCAACCAGCUGUGAAGCUAGCAGACACUGGCCCCUGCUCUGGGUGGACAGAGGUGAAACCCUGCAGGGCAGCCUCGUCUCAGUGCGCCCUUCAUGACGGAGGCGAACCCGCUGUCCUGCUCCUCCUUCCCAGUGGACCCAUUUCCCCAUGGACCUCAUUCUCUCCCUCUCUCACCGGAGCUCUUACAGCACUGCCGUGCCUUCCCUGAGGGCGGUCCAUGGGCACUCCAAGAGUGCCUUGUUUCCUGGGCCUGCAUCAGGGGCAGCAUUUGCUUAAGAAUCAGUUCACCCUGUCCUGGGCUUAUGGAAGAGACUGGGGCAACAGAAGUCUUUGGGUAGUCAGCGAGGGGGCCUUAGCGCCAGGGGUGGCACCAGCAGGCGGCCUGUUAUGAGAGACCCUGGAGGUCCUGGCCAGCUCCUAUGACAGGGAGUAGCUCCACUCAGCCCCUGCAUGGAGGGGCCAGACUUCUGGGCGGGCCUUCAGAUGGCCUACAGGCAGGUGGCAAUCAGGUGAGGCUGACUGGGGCCUGCGUGUCUCUCUCUCCUGGUGCCUUUCCCUGUCCUUAUCCUUGUACAAGGGGCUGAUGAGGGCCCUCUCUCACCCAUCCAAAUGCCAGCCAGCAAAACAGACUGAUGGAGGUCAGUGAGAACCAGUGGUGUGGUCUCCAGAGCACUGGAGCAUCUGGGAACAGGGGCCUUUGUUUCCCAGGCUAGAGAAGGAGAUUCUUCAGGUUCAGACUUCAGGGAGCUGAGGAGUAAGAGGUGGGGGUACGUCCGCCUGGGGGUUCCCUGGGCAGGACCCUUGGCUGAGGAGAUUUGUGAGGGUCACACUGGCUCUCUUCUCAGACCCCCAUUCCUUAUAGCUCCAUUCCUGAAGGCACCAGUUCCCUUUUUGCCCUCCUGCCACAUCACGGGGGCUUUGCUGGCCUCCCAGGAAGUCUCCUUGUGCUGCCCUCUGGCUGCCUCCCAGCUGGACCUGUUCUGGGGGAAGGUUCCGGAGGCUUGGGGUCCGAGGCUCUGCCUGUGGGAAGGAGGCUGGGCCGGGGGAGCAGCCACCAUUGUCUCUGUUCAGCCAAGUGUGCGAGCAGGCUGUCCGCCCGCCCGCCCGCCCGCCGCCGCCUGCCGGCUGACGCACUGCCUCUCCCUUCCUGCUGGUCCUCCCUUCCAGGCUUGUGAGCAGCCCUGGGCCUGGACCAUCACCCCAAAAGGCUGACCUUUGGGGACAUGAGGAAUCCUGAACCGGGGCCCAGAGCCAGAUCAUGCACCCAAUGGGUGCGCAAUAAAAACAGGCCAAUGAAGAAG